CGAAGAGAAGGGGAGUGGUGGACCUGGUGCUUUACCGCGCGGUCACCAAGCAGCAAUAUGCAUGAGAGGCACAGCCACAGUGAAGCUUGAUGAGGCCAGUCUGUACGUAAAUCCUCUGCAGAGUUGCAGGGGGCCACUAGUCCUCCCACAAGUCCUCUUAGGGAGCGCUGCAAGCUGUUCAAGAAAGAGGGGACGACGGAAUGGUUGGACCGAGCAGGCCACUCUUCGUCCUUUUCGGGUCAUCCAUCGUCCAGUUCAGCUUUGGGCAUGGUGGUUGGGGAGCCACGCUUGCAGACAUCUAUUCCAGGAAGGCAGAUAUUGUGCUGCGAGGAUAUUCUGGUUGGAACUCAAGCCGUGCUGUUGAGGUGAUUGAUCAGGUGUUCCCAAAGGAUGCCGUCAUUCAACCUUCUUUGGUCAUAGUAUAUUUUGGGGGUAAUGAUUCAAUGGGUGGACACCCCUCUGGCUUAGGUCCUCAUGUGCCCCUUCCUAAGUACGUAGAGAACAUGAAGAGAAUUGCAAGCUACAUUAAGGGCCUUUCAGAGAAAACACGCGUGAUUUUUCUUACUUGCCCUCCUGUUAAUGAAGAAAAAGUCAAACAACUUUCAAGUGAUUUGUUGAGUGAAUUAGUGAGAUCCAAUGAGAGUUGUCAAAAAUAUUCAGAAGCAUGUGUAGAGCUUUGUAGGGAGAUGGAAGUGGAAGUUAUUGAUCUUUGGACAGCUAUACAAAGGAAAGAUGAUUGGGCUACUAGUUGCUUAACGGAUGGGAUGCACCUGUCGGCCGAAGGGAGCGACAUCGUGGUCGAGGAGAUCCUGAAAGUCCUCAGGGAAGCUAAAUGGGAGCCAUCAUUACAUUGGAGAUCUUUGGCAACCGAAUUCUCAGAAGAUUCGCCAUACGAUCUGGUCGCGGCGGAUGGAAAGAGCACAGUGAACAUUUGUCAGUCAACAUUUCACUGGAGCAAGCAAUGGGACUGAAGCCUAAGCUUUUCUGGGUGCCGACGAAUAAUACCAUCAUGCCAUCGCAUUUCUUUUAUCCUCAUUUUCAUCUUGAUUUGUGGUCAGGUUGUCGAACUUCGGUAAGAUUUUUUGGGAAUUUGCUGUGUCCCUAUCUAUAGGCCUGGUAUUUUCGGCUUUUGGCUAUGGAAAUUUCUGCUACUCCAAACUAUUACCUGAAGUAAAGGGUGAGAGUUUUCUUU